AUGGCUUCUGAUAGUGAUGACGAUGAACAAUCUAUUAAGAAUUUAAAUGGUUACUAUUUUUAUCCAAGCACUGUACCUCCGUUUACUUUAGAAUCAAAUUUUAAGCAGGUGAAGACAAGAAAUUCUCAAUUAUUGAAUACUGAUACUAUUUUUGAUGUCGAACAACCUGAUUAUGGUUAUACUGAUCCAUUUCUACAUUCUUAUGCUGAUCAAUGGGCUGGGUUUGUACAAAAUAUAGGUACUAAUGUUGCAUAUUCGAAUCAACAACUCCCCAGAAAUGCACUUUUGGCAACUUCAACUGUCUCUUCUUCUGGAACUUCAAUGAGGUCUGGUUCUCAAGAUACUGAUGGUUCAGGAAGAAUGGAUAUAGAUGAGGAAAAGGCUAAAUUCAUAAAGGAAGCAUUGCCUGAUAUUAGUGAAGCUUGGGGCGGUGAAGAAAGAUUGGAUGCAUUGUUUAGCCAGCCACAGUUAAGAGAUAAAGAUUUUAAAGAUAAUAUCGAUAGAAGAGAUUGGUUAGAAUAUUUAGCCAACGUGAAAAAAUAUUAUUAUUCUAAUGUAGGCACACACGAAAAUGAAGAGAGGAAAUCGAUUUCAAUUUCAAGGCCUCAGACAGCACAAUAUCGUACAGAUUGGUUAGAAGAAUUGAAUAGAGAAAAGCAAAAAUGGAAACAACUGAGAAAAAAGAAAAUGGUGAAAUGGAAACCUCGACUUAUUCAUAUUCUUUUGGAUUCUCAAUAUGUUCCAUUGAUGUUCAGAUUUAUUAUUAUCGCACUAUGUGCCGUUUCAUUAGGUUUAGCGAUUAGAAUAUUUCAAAAUUCAAGAGCUGAAAUUACUCCAUUGAAUGGUAUCACAGGCCCAGUGAAACAGCAAGCAAGCACAAUUAUGGCCAUAAGUGUCAAUUCUUUUGCAUUAUUAUAUAGUAUAUACAUCGCAUAUGAUGAAUAUACAGGUCGACCAUUAGGUAUAAGAAAUCCAUUAGGUAAAUUAAAGCUGAUUUUAUUCGAUUUAUUUUUUAUCAUAUUUUCGAGUGCCAAUCUGGCAUUGGCAUUUAACACUUUGUAUGACCCUAGAUGGGUUUGCACAGGAGAUGGUGUUGAAGACAACCAUUUAGAUAGAUACCCCAAAUUAAGCUAUAUCUGCAGGAAGCAAAGAGCCUUAUCUUCAUUUCUGUUCAUCAUCACAUUUGUCUGGGUCAUGACCUUCUCAUUAAGUAUUGUCAGGGUUGUAGAGAAAGUCAGCUCCUCAAACCCAAGAUUCUAA